AUGGACAAGUAUUUGAAUUGGAUAUGGCAGAUGGGUCAUCAAAAAUCUAGUGCAAUCGAUUUUCAGACCCGCGUGAAGGCGCUGUUUUUCUACCAACGUAAGAGCGGCGACGCAGCAACGGCUUUUGGUAACACUCUUGUCAGUAUGGCGACAAUUGCUCGCUUCGCGGAUGUAUCUGGUUUUAUCUCCGCGUAUUUCGUUGGUCAUGACUCACUCCUGUUUUAUUCACAGAAGCACGAUGAUCAGCAAUUGGUCAAAAACUUGUCUGAUAUUUUCAACUUGUCUGCGAAAUCAAUCGCAAAGCGUGUCGGCUAUUUCUGUAGUACGUUCAUUGUUGAUACACCGGACGGAUAUGUUCCUAUACCGGAUCCGUUGAAGCGUGUUGAACGUUUAGGUCGUCACUUAUAUGGCGUUGAUGAAACAGGCUUAAAAGAUAGUCUCUUUUUCUGA